AUGGUAGAAGUGGUUGAGGAUGAUGCAAAGGGUAAUCCAACAUAUCAGAGGGGCCCUACAUUGGAGAAAUCUAGAAGAGACAAGCAACAGGCAUUUAGCGGCUAUGAAGCAAGAACUCCAGAACCAGGACCUGAGCUUUCUAAGGCUGAACAACCAAUGGAAUCCUUUAGCACAACACAAAAGAAGGAGAUACAGCCAGCCAGGGAGAAGGAAGAAACAGCAGUCACAGAAAACAAACACCUGGAAACCCCUAUCAAUGAAUAUGUACAAAUACAGCUGCAAGAAGUCAUCAAAAAAAUGCGAGAAAGAACAAUUACUUAUAAAGAAAAGUUGUCUAAUCCAGUAAUCUCCUCACCUGAACUCAGUCCAACUACCACACCUCAGAAGAAGCCCCUACCCCCUACUGCCAAAGAAGAAAAGAAAGAGGAAAAGAAAGAAGAAAUCAAACCUGAGGAGAAGCUGUGCUGGACAUUCAAGAAACUCUCCAUGAAAGAAUACAUGAAAAAAAUGAAACUGCCAGAAAGCAUAGAUGCAUACACAGAUCGUCGCUAUAUAAUGUGGUUAUUCUUAGUUACUGUUGCUUAUAACUGGAACUGCUGGUUCAUCCCACUGCGAUUGGUAUUUCCAGUUCAUACAUCAAGCAACCUAAUAUACUGGAUUGUUGUAGACAUCUUAAGCGACAUCUGCUAUCUCUGUGAUCUCAUGAUAUUUCAGCCUCGAGUACAAUUCGUGAGAGAGGGAGACAUAAUCUCAGAUAAAGUAGAAAUAAAGAAGUUCUACCAGAGUUCAUUAAAAUUUCGGCUUGAUUUAUUAUCAGUAAUUCCAUUUGAUGUUUUAUACAUUGUAUUUGGAUUCAGUGCAGUAUUUAGAAUAAACAAGAUGAUAAAGCAUCUCACGUUCUUUGAAUUUAAUGACCGGUUAGAGGCAAUAAUGGAUAAAGCAUACAUCUACAGGGUCAUCCGAACUAUUGGAUACCUGCUGUUUGUCUUACACAUCAACGCAUGUUUAUAUUACUGGGCUUCAACCUACGAAGGACUUGGUAGUACUAAAUGGGUGUAUGAUGGCAAAGGAAACAUGUAUCUCAGAAGUUACUACUGGGCUGUUCGCACUUUAAUUACUAUUGGUGGGCUACCAGAACCGGUCAAUAUGUUUGAAAUAAUCUUUCAGCUUCUGAAUUUUUUCUCAGGGGUCUUUGUAUUCUCCAGUUUGAUUGGCCAGAUGCGUGAUAUUAUUGGAGCAGCAACAGCAGGGCAAAACUAUUAUCGUGCCUGUAUGGACAACACAGUUUCUUACAUGAAUGCUUACACAAUUCCAAAGACUGUUCAGAAUCGUAUUCGAACUUGGUAUGAGUAUACAUGGGAUUCACAAGGAAUGCUAGAUGAAUCAGAAUUACUGGAGCAGAUGCCUGGAAAAAUGCAGCUAGAUAUUGCAACUGAUGUCAACUUUGCUAUUGUCAGCAAAGUUGACUUGUUCAAAGGAUGUGAAUCCCAAAUGUUAUGUGACAUGCUACUGCGAUUGAAAUCCACUGUGUAUUUACCUGGUGACUUUGUGUGCAAAAAGGGAGAAAUUGGUAGAGAAAUGUAUAUCAUUAAAGAAGGUGAGGUCCAAGUACUUGGAGGUCCUGAUGGCACUGAAGUCCUGGUCACCUUGAGAGCAGGAGCUGUAUUUGGGGAAAUCAGCCUAUUAGCAGCCAGUGGAGGAAAUCGGCGGACUGCGAAUGUGAUUGCUCAUGGAUUUGCCAACCUUUUUAUUCUUGACAAGAAGACACUGAACGAAAUCCUGGCGCACUAUCCUGAAUCUGAAAAGCUCUUGAAAAAGAAGGGAAAAAUACUCAUGAAGAAGACAAGCAAGCCUGUUGGAGGACCAUCACAACCUGUAAAAGGCCUGGCUCUCCUUAUGCGUAAGGGAGAAGCACCUGUGAUGCUCAAAGCAUUAACUGGUGGGAAAGGAGGUAUUUUAGCUUCAAUUAACAAGGUAAACAAAGAAGAGGUGGCCCAGAAUGAAAAUGAAGCCAAGGAAGAUCAAGCAAAGAAAGAGAAUGAAGGAAGAGAAAAGGCAGGAAAAAGGGGAAAAGUAAGUUUCAAACCAAACCUACAGGGAAAACAAAUGGCCCAAGAGCUCAAGACCAAAGUCCCAGAGACACAGGCUGAGUCCUAUGCUCCUAAAGAUGAGGCAGUUGCUUCCAGCAGACCACAGCCUUCUCCACGACCACCAUUAGCACGGAUGCUCAGAGGCAUCACUAACCAAAACCUUGUCAUUAGCAUGGCUCCUUCGGUUGUAUCUGGAGAAGGUGAUAUCCUUACUGUUGAAAUCAAAGAGAAAAAGCUAGUAUAA